AUGUUACCUCGUCACAAUGCUGGCACUGGCUAUCCGCGAUCAAAGUACGAUUUGGGCAAGAACACUUAUCAAAUAAGCCCGCACAGAUACCAACCCAGGACUUCAUCUACCGCUCGACGACGAAGGCAGACGCUGAUUAAGCUAGUGGUGGCCCUGAGUGUGGUAUUAUUGUUUAUAUUCUUCUUAUGGCCUACUUCUUCAAUAUUUUCAGUACUAUCUUUCGGCUUUAUUUCCUCUCAGGGUAAUUUUCAACUUGAAAAUCUACGAUAUUAUGAUCUAUCAAACGUUCAAGGAUCGGCGAGAGGCUGGGAGAGAGAGGAGCGCAUUCUCUUUUGCGCACCUUUACGAGAGGCCGAGUCACAUUUGAAUAUGUUCUUUAGCCAUCUGCGAAACCUAACGUAUCCUCAUCAUUUAAUUGACUUGGCAUUCCUGGUUUCCGAUACGAAUGACAGAACUCUGGAACGUCUUACGGAGUUAUUAGAGGAACUCCAGGCCGAUGAUGAUCCCAAGCAGCCCUUUGGAGAGGUGUCAAUAAUUGAAAAAGAUUUUGGACAGAAAAUUAAGCAAGAUGCUGAAAGUAGGCAUGGGUUUGCAGCUCAAGCUAGCCGGAGAAAGUUGAUGGCACAAGCAAGGAACUGGCUGCUAAGCGCCUCACUUCGACCGACGCAUAGCUGGGUCUAUUGGCGUGAUGUGGAUGUUGAGACGGCUCCGUUUACGAUUCUCGAAGAUUUGAUGCGACACAAUCGAGAUAUCAUAGUCCCGAAUGUAUGGCGACCACUGCCUGACUGGCUUGGCGGAGAGCAGCCAUAUGAUUUGAAUUCAUGGCAAGAAUCAGAGACCGCACUAGCCUUGGCCGAAACUCUAGACGAGGAUGCAGUUAUUGUCGAAGGAUACGCAGAAUAUGCGACAUGGAGACCACAUCUAGCUUAUCUACGAGAUCCAUACGGUGACCCUGACAUGGAAAUGGACAUUGAUGGUGUGGGAGGUGUGAGUAUUCUUGCUAAAGCCCGAGUCUUUAGAUAUGGAGUCCAUUUUCCCGCCUUCAGCUACGAGAAGCAUGCUGAAACCGAAGGGCUAGGAAAGAUGGCAAAGCGGAUGAAAUUUUCUGUGGUUGGGUUGCCUCAUUACACUAUUUGGCAUAUGUACGAGCCCAGUGAAGAUGAUGUUCAUCAUAUGAAGGAAAUGGAGCAGGAGCGAAAAGCCCGUGAAAAAGAAGAAGAAGAGAAAGCUGUACGAACCCAGAAAAUAAAAGAGACAUUUGCGGAUCCGAAUGCUCAAUGGGAAAAAGACAAGUCUAUCAUUCAAAAUCUUGCAAAAGAAGAAAAGUUAGCCGACAAACCAAGUGAAGACUCAAACAAGAGCAAAGAUUCUACCACAGAAGUUUCCGGCUCACAAACUGAAUCCAAAGGUCCCGAAAAAGAUUCGUCCGUAUCACAAAAGCCACCGGUGGAAAAUGAGUCGGCAUCAAGUCAAGAUAGCACGGUCAUAUCAAAGAAAGUUCCAGGAACGGAAGACAAGGUUUAG